CUAUGGGCGAGAGGUGGGGUACACCCUGGACAAGUCGCCAGGUCAUCGCAGGGCUGACACAUAGAGACAAACAACCAUUCACACCUACGGUCAAUUUAGAGCCACCAAUUAGCCUAACCUGCAUGUCUUUGGGGGAAACCGGAGGAAACCCACACAGACAUGUGGAGAACAUGCAGACUCCACACAGAAUGGCCCCCGUUGGCCUCUGGGCUUGAACCCAGGACCUUCUUGAUGUGAGGGGAACAAGGGCAUGCCUUGAGGAGAUGGCCAAAUUUGAGGAUGUUUGUCCAACUGCCCAGUCUUUUAUUGGCCUAUUUGCCUCGCAGGGUUUAGACAUCACUCCAAACAAAGAUCGGGGCGUGUGCAAGAUUGUGAAGCGCCAUGGUACAGAGAGUGAAAAGCCUAUGAUUGGGGACAAGGUGUGUGUCCGCUACACUGGAAAAUUUCUUAAUGGGAAGACGUUUGACUCCAGUUUGGACCAGAAGGAGCCUUUUGUCUUCAAUGUAGGCAAAGGUCAUGUGAUCAAAGCAUGGGAUAUUGGUGUGCACUCCAUGCAGAAAGGAGAGGUCUGUAUAUUGAUGUGUAAGCCAGAAUAUGCCUAUGGCUCUGUUGGCAUCCCCCCAAAAAUCCCUCCAAACUCUACACUUUUGUUUGAGGUAGAGCUGUUGAGCUUUAGAGGGGAGGAGCUUACAGAGGAUGGUGGAAUCUUAAGGAGAAUAAAGGUGAAAGGUGAAGGCUACAACAAUCCCAAUGAUGGAGCCACAGUUCAUGUGCACUUGGAAGGAAGAUGUGGUGGUCGUUUGUUUGAUUCACGGGAUGCCACGUUUGUGGUGGGAGAAUCCGAGGAUGUGGGUGUUCCUCUGGGAGUGGACCGGGCCAUGGAGAAGAUGCAGAAAGGGGAAUGCUGUCUAUUAUAUUUAAAACCCAAAUAUGGCUAUGGUAAAGAAGGAAAACGAGAAUUGGACAUUGGACCAAAUGCAGAACUUCUGUAUGAAGUAACACUCAAAGAUUUUCAGUUGGCUAAACAAUCCUGGGAAAUGGACUUGAGUGAAAAACUAGAGCAAGCAGUUUUGGUCAAGCAGAAAGGAACCCAGUACUUCAAGCAGCCUUUCUGCAUGCACAGCGUAUGGCUCAAUCUUGGUGAGGCUGGCAGUUUCCCACAGGAGACAGAUGACCUGGCCACUGCUGGAUUCAUGUCGUUCAUGAAACUGUUCCGCAGCUUCCAUCUUGAUUCCUCUAGCCAUGAUGAAGAUUUCCUCUUGCAGUUGGGUGGGGCUGGACAAUACUACCCAGCUGUCAUUCACUAUCAGCGUAUUGUAACAUGGCUUGAAAUGGAGUACAGAACUAGAAAGGAGCAACAGCAGGCUAUCAAAGCCCUCCUGAUUAUGGCCCAUUUAAACAUGGCUCUGUGUUACCUACGCCUGCAGGAAUACUCUCAAUCUGUGGAAAACUGCAAUAAGGUGGUUGAGCUGGACUCUGCAAAUGAGAAGGCACUGUAUCGGCGUGGAGAGGCUCGUCUGUUGAUGAAUGAAUUCAGUCUAGCCCUAGUGGAUUUCCGGCAAGUUCUGCAGGUCAAUCCCACCAACCGCGCAGCCCAUUGCCAGAUUGCUGUCUGCCAAAGCAAGAUACGUGAACACCAUGAGCAUGAUAAAAAGAUCUAUGCCAACAUGUUCCAGAGAUUUGCUGAACAUGAUGCCAAGGUGAGCCAAUUAAAAAGGAGUAAAGAAGGUUGUGGAAUGGCAGAUCAAAACUGCAAGGCUGUGAAGAGGCCACGGAAGAGUCAGGACGACUCCUAACGGUCCAUAGCCCACCCACCGAUGCCUGUAAUGCUAUGCGUUUGUGGGCUGGUUCUGACGUUAUGUACUUUGUGCUGAGUGCAGUACUGAUAUGCAUGGACAGCCCCUUUUCAGACAUUGUGACAUGACUGCUAUCGCUCAGACCCCAAAAGAGGAGGGCUCGGACAAGACUAGGUAUAAGAACAAGGGUCUCUGUAGAUGCUACAAACUUAAAUAGCAUUCCAACAGACAAAAUGCAUGUAUCCACAAAUCCACUAGUAUUCAACACCUAACCUCCUUCAGAUACAGCGGGGUCCAAAAGUCUGAGACCACACUGAAAAGCUGGGAUUUUUUUAAAAAUUGGAAAUAAAAAGGUUUUAGAAUUUUGAAAUAUUCGAAACAAAGAAAGUAAAUGUUUAAUAUCUUGAAUAAUUAUAAUUCAAGAUUUUGCAUUAUUUCUAGGUCCCUGUUUAAAUGCAAGUACAUUUAUGAUAUUGAUCUUGUUAACUGAAUUUUACAAAACCUUAGAUUUUCCUCUUGCCUAAUAUCUUCUGUUGAAACAUGUAUUCAGAUGACACUCCAGUGGAUUUGAUCUCAAAUGGAUAAGUUUUUACAUAAAAUUGUGGAAUCCAUGCAAGUGCACACUGUCAUUAAAGCAAAAAAUGGACAUACAAAAUAUUAUGAAGUUCUGAAAUUCAUGGAAAUAUUCUAAAGAUUCUACUUUUCAGUCAAGUUUUUGUCAGUUUUAUUAAAUUAGAAAAGAAUGCAAAAUAGAAGCAUUUUCAAAAUCAAAUCAAGUUUAUUUGUAUAGCGCUUUUAACAAUAAACAUUGUCGCAAAGCAGGUUUACAGAAUUUGAACGACUUAAAACAUGAGCUAAUUUUAUCCCUAAUCUAUCCCCAAUGAGCAAGCCUGUGGCGACGGUGGCAAGGAAAAACUCCCUCAGACGACAUGAAGAAACCUCGAGAGGAACCAGACUCAAAAGGGAACCCAUCCUCAUUUGGGCAACAACAGACAGCCUGACUAUAAUAUUAACAGUUUUAACAGGUAUAAGCCUCAACUGUCCUCAUGGGGCCGUCCUUCACAGGAGCGGUGCGAUAAAACUCUGACCAGACACAGGGCACCAGGAUGGAUCAAGCAGGUCCGAGGGGCAGAAGAGGCCAGCAUCUCAAUCCCAGGAUCAACAUGUAACUCAGAGGGACAGAUUGGGGGGGGGAGAGAGAGAAAGAAAACACAGGUUGUUAGGUAUGCCCUAAAAAUGACAAGUAUUAAAUCUGUGUGGUAGGCUCGCAGAGACGAGAGUCUUUACAUCAGGCAUAACACACAACAAUGGCAUGUUAAUAUGGUAAAAAAUAUCAUGACCUGCUCUGGCUGGAUGCUUGAUUGGGUGAUGGGAGCACACUCCUCAGCAAUGAUGAGAUGCAGAUGGGACCCUUAGGGCUGGCCAAGACAAUUCAGUUACAUUUCACCGGGUCUGGGACAUGCGACAGAAUGUCUGACGUCCGAUUCCCUGCAGGCUACGAUAGCCAGUCGAGGUCUCCACCCUCUCCACCAAAAGAUUUCCUGUUGACUCCAUGUAACUCAGAGGGACAGAUUUGGGGUGGGGGGGAGGGAAAGAAAACACAGGUUGUUAGGUAUGCCCAAUGUCACCUGAAUAAGUAGGAGCAGUAUACAUAUUACACUGAGUACAAGCAGGGACUCCGGCAACUAACUAUGACGGCAUAACUAAAAGGAGAGAGCCAGAAGGUAACACAGGCAUGAGGGAGCCCCGGGACAUAAAGCAGCCAGCCACUACACCGUCAACAAACUCGAGUGAGCAAGCGAGUGGGGACUGACAGCAUCCAUACAUCCCAGUUUACCAAAACACUCUAUGUCUGAGGACCCUCCAGAUCUACUCCUUUACCUCAUAAACACCAUUAACAAAAGGCUUGACUAAACAGAUAUGUUUUCAGCCUAGACUUAAAUGCUGAGACUGUGUCUGAUUCCCGAACACUACUUGGAAGGCUGUUCCAUAACUGUGGGGCUUUGUAAGAAAAGGCUCUGCCCCCUGAUGUAGCCUUCACUAUACGGGGUACCAGCAGAUAGCCUGCAGCUUUUGAUCUAAGUAGGCGUGGCGGGUCAUGGAGGAGCAGAAGUUCACUCAGGUAGUGUGGUGCGAGACCAUUUAGUGCUUUAAAGGUCAAUAGUAGUAUUUUAUAAUCAAUACAAAAUUUGAUUGGGAGCCAAUGCAGUGUGGAUAAGACAGGCGUGAUGUGGUCAUAUUUUCUAGUUCUAGUAAGGACUCUUGCUGCUGCAUUUUGAACUAACUGGAGCUUGUUUAUGCACUUAUUGGAACAUCCAGACAGUAAGGCAUUACAAUAAUCCAACCUGGAGGUAACGAAAGCAUGGACUAGUUUUUCUGCAUCAUGCAAUGACAUUAAAUUUCUUAUCUUUGCAAUAUUUCUGAGAUGAAAGAAAGCUAUCCGGGUGAUGUUAUCAAUAUGAGUUUCGAAUGAAAGACUGGGGUCAAUAAUCACUCUGAGGUCUUUUACUGCUGCACGUGAAGAAACAGAAAGGCCAUCCAGAGUCACUGUGUAAUCAGAAAACUUACUUCUAGCUGUAUGUGGUCCUAGCACAAGUACUUCAGUCUUGUCAGAGUUAAGCAGAAGGAAAUUAAUAAGCAUCCAGUGUCUAAUGUCCUUAACACAUUCCUCAAUUCUAUUAAGCUGGUGUCUCUCAUCAGGUUUUGCAGAGACAUACAACUGUGUGUCAUCAGCAUAACAGUGGAAACUAAUACAAUGUUUACGAAUAAUAUCGCCCAGAGGUAACAUAUAUAGAGAAAAAAGCAGUGGACCCAAGACAGAACCUUGUGGAACACCAAACUUUACCUCGGUACGUCUAGAAAUAUCACCAUUUAUAUCAACAUACUGAUAACGAUCAGUUAGAUAAGACCUGAGCCAGGAGAGGGCCAUUCCCUUAACUCCCACAACAUUUUCUAGUCUAUGCAGAAGAAUGGAAUGAUCAAUGGUAUCAAAUGCUGCACUAAGGUCAAGCAACACAAGUAGCGAGACAGCCCUGAUCAGACGCCAACAGUAGGUCGUUUACUACUUUAACCAGUGCUGUCUCUGUGCUAUGAUGAGGUCUAAAUCCUGACUGAUACAUGUCAUGGAUGUUAUUCCUAUGUAAAUAUGAGCAUAACUGCUGUGCCACAGUUUUUUCAAGGAUCUUGGAGAUAAAGGGGAGGUUUGAUAUUGGCCGAUAAUUGGACAGCUGACAGGGAUCAAGGUCAGGUUUUUUAAUCAGGGGUUUGAUAACUGCUAGUUUAAAGGAUUUGGGUACAUAGCCAAUCAUAAGAGAAGAAUUUAUUAUUUUUAGAAGCGGUUCAAUUACUCCAGGCAUUAUCUGUUUGAAUAGAUGUGUCGGUAAGGGAUCUAGUACGCAAGUUGAGGCUUUUGAUGUAGAGAUUAAUGAAAGCAAUUCAGUUUCCUCUAGGGGAGCAAAACACUCCAACCGAUGAUCCGACACAUCUACACUGUCAACCACAAGGUCACCCUCAUUGUCUAACCCCAAAUCAGUAGCUUGAAUUUUUUGUCGGAUAUUCUCAAUUUUGUCAUUAAAAAAAUUCAUGAAGUCGUUGCUACUACAUACUGCAGGUGCGCAUGUGUUGAUAGUGGACUUAUUCCUGGUUAAUUUUGCUACAGUAUUAAAUAGGAAUCUAUGAUUAUUUUUGUUAUCUUCUAUUAGGGAGGAGAAAUAUGUUGAUCUCGCAGCACUAAGAGCUUUUCUAUACUUCAGGAAGCUCUCCUUCCAAGCUAAUUUGAACACUACCAAUUUUGUUUGACGCCAUUUACGUUCCAAUUUUCGAGUGGUCUGUUUUAAUGUGCGAGUGUCAUCAUUAUACCAGGGUGCUAAUUUUUUGUCUCUGACCAUUUUCCUUUUUAGAGGAGCUACAUUAUCUAAAGUAUGGCGGAAUGUUGACUCUAAACAUUCAGUUGCCUGAUCAAGUUCUGCAGGGGCUGACAGUGACCCAAUCAAAGUUGACAGCUCUGGGAGAUCAUUUAUAAAGCUCUGUGCAGUAGUUGACGUGAAAGUACGUUUAAUACAGUAGCAUGGUGAGGUGCAUAUAUUAUUACUCAGACAUAUCUUGAAUGAGAUGAGACAAUGAUCUGAGAUAACUUCAGACUGUGGAAGUAUGACUAUAUUAUCUAUGUUUAAUCUGAAUGUUAGUAUUAGAUCAAGGGUGUGACCACCAUUAAAAUUAAACCAUAUUAAAGCAGAUCCUGUUGAGAUUAAAGCAGAUUUUCACUAGUGGUCUCAGAAGUUUAGACCCCACUGUAUAUCUGAACCUAGCAAGGCAUUUGUAUAAUGUGAAGAUUUGUUGACAAGAAUAAAAGUUGGUACUGUAUAAUGUGUAUUCCAUAAUGUGGUAAAAUGUUAGUGGGUUGGAAUAAUUUCAAUAUCAGUCUUUAGAUAGACAUUUUGGGGAGGAUUGUCAGCAUGUUUGUGUUUAAACAAAUAACUACAUUAGAUAGCUGGACUCAUACUGCACUACCUGUCUAGGCAGCUUUAUCUUUUCAUCAUUUGACACAAAAUGCAACCUUCCCUAUGGGAACAUGGAUUAAUGACUAUCUGGCCAACUGAAAGGCUGUGGCUUUAAUCUUUUUUUGCACACUCCCUGUUGGAUGAAUAAAAUGUCCGAAAGUC